AUGGCCGUCGUAAAUCAGGUUUUGCACCAAGCGGUCGCCCUCGUCGCGAGGGCGGCCACAUCCACACCGGCAGAGACACCGACACCGACCUCGACAGGCGUCCAGAGCCCACAGACAUCAAAGCCGACUGGCACAAACCAGAGCAACGACAACAACAACAAUAACGGCGGGUCGAGUUCGCCACUUCUCUUCUUUGUUGCCCUCGGGUUUGGUGUCGUCUUUACCAACCUUUGGAUCAUCGUCGGUGUCAAGUAUUGCUUCCGAUACAACGCUCGCAACCGCGCCAGAAUGACCAACGAAGAUGGCGAGCCCAUCAACCUGGAGACUGUGCAACGUCCCCAUCGGCGGCGCCGCGAAAAGAAACUGAUGACGAUGGAUGAGGUCAAUGAGAAGUUCCCGAUGAUGAAGUACAAGAGCUGGGUUUCGGAGCGUGCCAGAGAGGGCCUGCCAACUGCGGGCGGAGUGUCUGUUCCUGCCAGCAGAGCGAACAGCAUUCGCGACGCCGACGGCAUCGUUCCCGACUUGGCUUCCAAAGACCGGCACUCGAUCGAGGAGCCUCGACCCUCCAGCGAAGCCGCCAACCGCGCUCAGACGACACAAGUUGCGACGGAAACCACCGCCAAGAAGGACGUCGAAAAGCCGAAGCCCGAAGUCCAACAGACCGCCGACGCUGGCCAAACGUCUGGCACCCAGGACACCGCAGCCCCGACCCCGCCAGGGCUCCAGCGCGUGUCGAGCGAGGACAUGGAUGACGACGAGCACAUCGACGCUGCUCUCCCUCCCGAAUGCCUCUCUGCACCUGGCGAUUCUUGCGCUAUCUGCAUCGACACUCUCGAAGACGACGAUGAUGUACGAGGGCUUACCUGCGGUCACGCGUUCCACGCCGUCUGCGUCGAUCCUUGGCUCACCAGCCGCCGUGCGUGCUGCCCGCUUUGCAAAGCAGACUACUACACCCCGAAGCCGCGACCAAAUCAAGAAGCCGACGCGAACGCUGCCAACAACAGCACUCUCGAUCCUCGGAGCAAUUCCCGCCUCAACUUACCAAACGGGCUGCGAGCCGCCUGGUUCCGUGGCUCCAACUCAAACUCAAACUCGCGGGCCGGUUCGUCGCUAUUGCGUACCGGCGGGAGCUCUCGACCACGUCGUGCCAAUCGCGAGCAGACUUCAAGAUCUGGUCAGCCAGAGCCUGCUGCUGAUCAGGACAGCCCGUCACAGCCGGCGAACGGGGGCAUGCUCUCGUCCGUCCGACAAGCUCUCCGAUUUGGCCGUCGCAACAACAACGAGCAGACAGCUGCCUCAAACUCUGAAACAACAGCCAACGAGGCAGUCACUCCUUCGCAGCUCGAAUCAGGGAAUCGGCCGGCGGCGACGUCAUCACACUGA